AUGGUGCAUUUUACUCCUGAGGAAAAGUGCAUUAUCAGUAAGCAGUGGGGCCAGGUGAACAUCGAUGAGACUGGAGGUGAAGCUUUGGGCAGGCUCCUCGUUGUCUACCCCUGGACCCAAAGAUUCUUUGACAGCUUUGGCAACUUGUCCUCUUCCUCUGCCAUCAUGGGAAACCCCAAGGUCAAGGCACAUGGCAAGAAGGUGCUGACCUCCUUCGGAGACGCCAUCAAGAACAUGGACAACCUUAAGGGCGCCUUUGCUAAGCUGAGUGAGCUGCACUGUGACAAACUGCAUGUGGAUCCUGAGAACUUCAGACUCCUGGGAAACGUGCUGGUGAUCGUUCUGGCCACUCAUUUUGGCAAAGAAUUCACUCCGGAAGUGCAGGCUGCUUGGCAGAAGCUCGUGUCUGGUGUCGCCAUUGCUCUGGCCCACAAGUAUCACUGA